GGUCUUAAUUUUCCCAUAUUCGUUACUCACAGAAAUUUAACAUCUGGUGACAUAACAUUGCAAGAUUAUAAAUAAUGUUUUAAAAGAUUUGGAUAUAAGAAAUGCAAGAUGUUCUUUUAUGAUAUACUACGUUUUGGGUUUCCGUUACUGUCAAUAGCAGCAUGUCAAUGUAAUUUUCCAUCACAGCUUAUAGGAGUAUGGAAAGGGGCUGACCGAGGGGACAUGACAUUUGUAAAUUCUACAUACUUACAAUUUUAUAAAGUGACCAUUCCUGCUGUCAGUGCUUUCCACUUUUACUGCGAAGAGCAAAACAGUGCAGGGACUUUAUACUACUUGAGAGCAGAACAAGUGAAUAACAUUUUUGGCUUGAUAAUAAAGUUCUAUAUGUGUUUAGAAAUACACGUUGUUGAUAGUGAUAUUGCUUACUAUUACCAGUUAACAGAACAUGAUCCAUAUUUGCAAGAUAACAUGGUUGGAGAUGGUACAAACUCAGCUACCUUUGACAACGUGUGUAGCAGGACAUUGGUUAGUCGUAACUUCAUCACAUUAGUUCGAGAUGGUUCAAUAGCUGAUGGCAGUCUUAUUAAAACCUGUCCAGAAGACCUGCUAGCUAAGUUCGGUAAUGUUUCAAUUCAGCAAUAUGGCAACGACAACACAUCGACAUGCUCAGAUACUGUAUUUGAUGCCUAUACAGAUAACACUUUAAUAAACAUAACAUAUGCUGACACGUGUCCAAAUGCAACAACCCAAACUUUGUCAGAUCUAGGAGUAUAUCGUUGUAUACAUGAGAUUAAAGACGGACCAGAUACCUACCUGUCUAUAUGGAACGACGAUCCUGGUGUGGCAAAUCCAUUUAGCUGUCUGGCUUUUAUAAGAACUAAUGAUAUAAUUUACGGUACAGAAACUCCAAAAUUCUGUGGUAAUACUACAACAUCGACUGAAACUGAGAAAGGUGGUGUUAAACUUGUUAUAUGGGAUGUGAUAAAAAAAUCAACAGAUAUCACACACAGUCCUCCCGUAGAGACAACAGAGUUUCCUGUGAGUCUGUCUGUAGUGACAACAGAGGCCUCAACCACACUCCCUGUAGAACCAAAAGAUUGUCAACCUAGUCGUAUUGGUCUUUAUGCACAUAUAAUAUCAGCAACUGUUCUGAUGCUUAUUUUAGUCGUGGUAUUUGGAAUAUGUUGCUGUCGAAAAUAUGGUUUUGCAAACAAGAAUAAAAAUCCUUCUUAACAAGAAAUUGAUUCAUUCACCAAUCGUUAACGUAAAGGACAGAGUAAAAUGGAAUAAUAAAAGCACAUUGAUUUUAUGAUACAAAUUUUAUAAACAAGUGAUAUGUUAUUUUAAACCUCAGAAGCUGUUUCAUAUUUUCCUCUUUUUUUUCAU